UCCGCCCGCCCAGUGCCCGGCGCUACGGAGCAGCGAGGGUGCAGGCGGCCGCGGUGGGCGCCGUCCUAGCCGGGGCCGGGCCAUGAAGGUCGAGUUUGCGCCGCUCAACAUCCCGCUGGCGCGGCGGCUGCAGACGGCGGCGGUGCUGCAGUGGGUCCUGUCCUUCCUGCUGCUGGCAGAGGUGUGCAUUGGAGUCAUUGUGGUAUGGAUCAUAUACAACUAUUGGUUCCUUUACAUCCCUUAUUUGACAUGGCUUUACUUUGACUGGCAUACUCCAGAGCAAGGAGGCAGGAGAUCAAACUGGGUGAGAAAUUGGACUGUUUGGAGGUACUUUAAGAACUAUUUUCCAAUUCAUCUCAUCAAAACUCAGGAUUUGGAUCCGACUCACAACUAUAUAUUUGGAUUUCACCCUCACGGAGUACUUGUGGCUGGAGCCUUUGGAAAUUUUUGUACAAAUUAUUCAGACUUUAAGAAGCUGUUUCCCGGCUUUACCGCGUAUCUUCAAAUGCUCCCGUUUUGUUUCGGGUGUCCUCUCUUCCGAGAAUAUCUGAUGAGUGUUGGAGCAGUUUCAGUUUCCAAGAAAAGCGUGUCCUAUGUGCUGAGCAAGGAGGGAGGUGGAAACAUUUCAGUCAUUGUCCUUGGGGGUGCAGAAGAAUCACUGGAGGCCCAUCCUGGAAAAUUCACUCUGUUCAUCCGCCAGCGGAAAGGAUUUAUUAAAAUUGCUUUGACUCAUGGCGCAUAUUUGGUCCCAGUGUUUUCUUUUGGUGAAAAUGAACUGUUUAAACAAGUUAACAAUCCUGAAGGCUCAUGGCUUAGAACUGUUCAGGAGAAACUACAGAAGAUUAUGGGGUUUACUCUGCCCCUGUUUCAUGCCAGAGGAGUUUUUCAGUACAGUUUUGGCCUAAUGCCUUAUAGGAUACCUAUCCACACUGUUGUUGGCCGCCCAAUCCCUGUUCAUCAGACUCAGCACCCGACCUUGGAGCAGAUUGAUGAGCUGCAUCAGACCUAUAUGGAGGAACUAAGGAAAUUAUUUGAGGAGCACAAAGGGAAGUAUGGUAUUCCAGAGCACAAAACUCUCAUUUUUAAAUGAGUUUACUCUUAUAAGGCAUAAAGGAAGACAAGAGAACAUCCUAUAAGAGAAUAAAUACUUUAAAUAA